AGCGCAAUCCAAACCGGCCACUUCCACACGAGGCCUCCCUCUCGCACCGCAACCAACCAAACACGACGGCGACCUCCUCUCCCCCAAUAAUUCCCAUUCCUUCGCUCUCGCCGCCACCCCGGCCCGCGCGCGCAAGCAACCUUACCUUCCCAUGCUGCUGUGAUGUGUCAUACGCCGCCGCCACAGAGCAACCGGCCGUCUUCUUCCUUCCUUCUUGGUCUUAGCUGAGCUGCCCGUGAUUCUCGAUCGCUCGCUCGCUCGCACUUCAGUUCUGGCGGCGCGCGCGGUGGCAGGGCCGGCCAUGACGAAGUCGGCCACCUCGCUCCUGCUCGGCGCGGCCCUCGCCACGGUCUUCUUCCUGCUCUACACCUCCGUCUGCCGCGACCUCGGCGACGGGCCUCCAAAAUCCUCGCCGCCGCGCUGGGCGCAUGCGCAGGAGCAGGGGACCGCCACCGUCACGCCGGCCACGAGGGUCGUCGACGCCGAGCAGGGGACCGGCCGCCCGGGGAGGCAAGAAGAGGAAGUGGUUGCUCCAAGAGAGGAGAAGCAGACCAAGGACGAAGCGGCUUCGCGCAGCGGCCAUGGCGGCGGCUCGGUAGAGCAGCAGCAAAACCAGCGAAGGAUCGUGAUGCCCACAAGCCAACAGAAGGAGACGCCAUCGUCGCCGCCCCAGCGGCAGCAGCAGGACCUGGGCGAGCUGCUCCGGCGAGCGGCGACGCCGGACAAGACGGUGCUGAUGACGGCGAUCAACGAGGCGUGGGCGGCUCCGGGGUCGUUCCUGGACCUGUUCCUGGAGAGCUUCCGGCACGGCGAGGGCACGGAGCACCUUGUGCGGCACCUGCUGGUGGUGGCCAUGGACGGGAGGGCGUUCGAGCGGUGCAACGCCGUCCACCAAUUCUGCUACUGGUUCAGGGUCGACGGGAUGGACUUCGCCGCCGAGCAGUCGUACAUGAAGGGCGACUACCUGGAGAUGAUGUGGAGGAGGAACAGGUUCCAGCAGACCAUCCUCGAGCUCGGCUUCAGCUUCCUCUUCACGGACGUGGACAUCCUGUGGUUUCGGAGCCCCUUCCCGCACCUAUCCCCGGAUGCACAGGUGGUGAUGUCCUCCGACUUCUUCGUCGGCGACCCAACCUCACCAGGGAACUACCCCAACGGCGGCCUCCUGUACGUCAGAUCCAGCGCCAGCACCGUCAGGUUCUACGAGCACUGGCAGUCGUCGCGGGCGCGGUUCCCGGGGAAGCACGAGCAGUUCGUGUUCGACCGGAUCGUCAAGGAAGGCGUGCCGCCGCACGUCGGCGCCACCGUGCGGUUCCUCGACACGGGCCACUUCGGCGGGUUCUGCCAGCACGGCAAGGACCUCGGCAGGGUUGUCACCAUGCACGCCAACUGCUGCGUUGGGCUGCACAACAAGCUCUUCGAUCUGAGGAAUGUGCUCGACGAUUGGAAGACGUAUAAGGAAAGGGUUGCUGCCGGGAACAUGGACUACUUCUCAUGGAGGGUGCCAGGGAGGUGCAUACAUUGAUAGGUGUGGGUGUUUUCUCAGGGCUUGUGCGGUUAAUCCCUCCCUCCUCUAAGAAAAAAUUCAGCGGAUUUAAUUUCAUACCUUAUCUACCCCGAUCAUUUUCUUAAGAGAUCAACCGAAUAAGCCCUAAAUGAAUUUGAGUUGGGACAUGAUGAGAGGGGGGUGUACCUGCAUGUAAAGUGCUAUUGAAUUCAAUUCUUUCUUAUUAGUGGUAGCUUGUACAUGAUGCAUGAGAAAUGUACUCAACUAGUGUGUCUAAGAUGCAUAUGAGACAUUCCCUAUUUAUUGUAUAUUCAUUUUUAUCCUCUCAAAUAAUUAAUGCAUUAGUUAAGCUGUGUGAAAUUAUCAGUGCUA